AUGUUCACAUACUCGAGAAACUAUCUUUUAUCGUUGCGAGGUUUUUGGAAGCAUAUCAAAAUCACUGGAGCGAACGUUUCUUUACCCCAGAUUUCGCCAUCUGUAUGGACAGUGAUUCGUUCUUAUGGGUUAUUGGGAAGUGUAAGAGGAUCAAGAGGAGGAAAGAAAAGAUGUCUAAACCGGGUUUAUUCGAUACCCAUUCUUGAAAAUCGAUAUCGUACAAUCUUUGUUAGGCAAAAUUCUGGUGUAAAUGUGUCAAACUUAUUAAAUAUUCAAAGUCGAACAAUUUGCAGUGUGCAACCAACCGUUCCACCAGACAAUACUCCCAGAAUAAAUAAUAGAUCGAAGCUGAAAAUUGCACAUUUAAACGUUCGUUCAAUAAAAAACAGAGAUCAUUUUCUCCAAACUAAGUUUAUCGUGCAAGAAAACGAAUAUGACAUUUUCGCUGUUUCUGAAUCUUGGCUAAAUUCGACAGUCCGAAAUGCGGACAUAGAGAUUGAGGGAUAUUCGUUGUCCAGACUGGAUAGAUUAAAUAAAGCUGGAGGAGGUGUUUGUGUUUAUACGCGGGCCUCGUUAAAAGUAAAGAUUUUGAAAGAUUUGACGGGAAUUUCGCCAUCUGGUUUUCAUCAGCUUUGGUUGCAGAUCCAACAUAAGAAAAUAAGAUCGUUCCUAUUAUGUGUAACUUAUCGACCUCCCGACUCUCCAGUCUCCCACUUUGUUGAUGAAUUUACUGAUGCGUAUACCCAAGCCCUCACUCAUGGUAAAGAGGUGGUUGUAGGAGAUUUAAACUGUGACUUAUUAAAAUGUUCGCCUGAAUCUGAUGCUUUCUAUAAUCUAUGUUCUAUUUUAAAUCUAUCGCAGUUGGUAACACUUCCCACGCGUGUUACACCUACUACGUCUUCGCUAAUCGACGUAAUUAUGACAUCGAAUACAACCAUCAUUAAAGAGACUAGAGUUAUUGAGACUCACGUCAGCGAUCACCAUUUAAUUGAUACGUGCGUUAAUAUGAAAUUGCCCAAGCCACCAGUUAUUUAUACAACAUCAAGAAGCUAUAAGAAAUAUCAGCCAAAACACUUAGAGAAUGAUCUAGUCCAAAUUUCCUGGCAAGACAUCCUAUGUACAGAUGAUGUUAAUGACAAAGUCGAUCAAUUUAAUCGCGUUUUUCUCGCAGUUUUGGAUAAACACGCACCACUGAAGACUACAAAAUUGAAAUAUCGGUCUAUGCCUUUCAUAGACCAAAACGUGAAAGAACUUAUGAGUAAGAGAGAUAAAAUGUACAAAAUAGCCCGACAGACUGGAGUCCUACGUGAUUGGAAUCAGUACACAAUGAUGCGUGAUGAUGUCAAAAGAAAGCUGAGGGAAUCUGAAAGAAAAUAUGUAAAUAAAGAGUUGGAGAAAAACCAUAGCAGCAAUGCUAUGUGGAAAGUCAUACGGAAAUGCAUUCCUAGAAAAGAGAUGACGAAACCCGUAUAUACCAAGGAUAAGAAGUUACUUGCCGAGGAAUUCAACGAAUAUUUCACAACAGUUGGCCGACGUACUGCGAAUCAAUCUGAGAAUUUGGGAACUGAGCAUAAUUUAUUUCAACUACAGCUUUCUCAAAAUGCUGUUAGUGGGAUAUUUGAUGAGUUUAAAUUUUACGCGGUCACCUCGGAGGAAAUACGGCAGAUCGUUAAUCAUUUUUCACCAAAUAAAGCACCUGGUUGGGAUAAAAUUACGGUAAAUCUUAUUAAGGAUUCGUUAACCUUUAUUCUUCCUAUAAUUACAGACUUAGUUAACAGUUCCCUCCUGACUUCUGUUUUUCCAACAGCGUGGAAAAGAUCUGAAGUCACCCCCGUAUUGAAGGAAGGAGACUACCAAGUGGCUGAUAACAAUCGCCCCAUUUCGCUGUUGCCGGUACUCUCAAAGGUGUGUGAACGGGUGGCUCUCAAGCAAAUGAAUGAUUAUAUGGAAAGUAGAAAACGCCUAACAAAACAUCAAAGUGGGAACCAUAAACUUCAUUCAACGGAAACUUUAAAUACAUUCCUAACGGAUAUAUAUCUGGACGCUAUUGAUAAAAAAACUGUUACUGCUGUCAUACUUUUGGACCUAUCAAAGGCGUUUGAUAGUUUGAACCAUCCUUUGCUCUUAAGAAAGCUCUAUUCAUUUGGAAUUUCUAAACACGCUCUUGACUGGUUUAAAAGCUAUUUGACUGGCAGGAUCAAGUCAGUACGGAUUGAUAGUGAAUUGUCCGAACCACGUGAAAUAACGCACGGUGUGCCACAGGGGUCAAUAUUGGGUCCAGCACUAUUUAAUAUUUACAUUAAUGAUCUACCUGGUGUUCCCAAUACGUGCUUACUCGAGUCAUUCGUUGAUGAUUCCAAAUCGUUCUUGUCUUUCGCAGUGAAGGACGUGGAAAGUGCUAAAAUCCAGUUAAAUGAGGACUUGGAAAGAAUUGCUGCCUGGAGCUGCCAAAACAGUUUGUUAAUACCGAUAAAACAAAAUUGUUGUUGAUAGGAUCACCUCAAAUGCUUAAGAAAAUUCCAGCAAAUUUUUGUCUCACACUCUUGGGGAUGGAGAUAUAUCCGGUAUUAUCGGUGAAAGAUUUAGGCGUCACCCUCGAUUCAUGUUUGAGCUAUGAUAAUCACAUAACUGACGUAGUUUCCAAAUGCACGGGAAGCUUAUGUCAAAUAAAUCGUGUAAAACAUCUCCUGACUAAGAAAUCGCUUUCAACAGCUAUAAAUGCCCUCGUGUUCUCGAAACUUUAUUACUGCUCGACCGUUUGGGCAAACACGUCAAAGCAAGAUUUGAAAAAGUUACAGAAUGUGCAAAAUUUCGCUGCACGCAUUCUUACGAAUUCGAGAAAGUUUGAUCAUGUCACGCCGUUAUUAAAAGAACUUCGUUGGUUGCCAGUAAAUGCAACAUUACUCUUCAGAGAUACGGUGUUGGCAUACAAAUGCUUAAAUGGCUAUGCUCCUGAAUAUUUAACGAAAAGGUUCAUUACAAGGUCGCAAAUACAUGAACGCGUCACAAGAAAUAAGGAUACUCUGAAUGUGCCUUUGUAUCGAACAGCGACAGGUCAACGCUCAUUUUUGUUCAGAGCAGUAAAGUUGUGGAAUGACUUGCCUAACAAUGUUAAAUCCGCGAAUAAUUUAAAGAGUGUGAAAAGUUUUAAAAUAGCAUUAAAAACAUAUCUGUUUAAACAAUUUUUAAACGACUCUUAGUUUUUAACUAGUUAUCUAUUAACAUUAAUAUUGACUUCGUCUAGACUAAUUAAUAUCUGAAAAGCCCUUUUGGGAGAUGUUAAAGUUUUAAAUUAAAUUGGCAAAACAACCUUAUUUGCUAAUUUUCAACAUUCACUGCAAUGCAAUCCUAAAAACUGGUGUAGAAUUUCGCACGUUAAAGUUCUUUCUAUUACUCCAUAAAACUGUUAUAUUUUUAAAACUAUAGUUCAACGUUUGUGGUCAGGUUUUUACGUUUACUUUAUACUAAUAAUACUGAUUUUACGUUUAGACAGAUCCUAAACAACGGUUGACUGUCAAACAACUUUUUAUGCAUCCAUGGUUGAACAAAGGAUAUGCUAAUCCUGUAAAUUCAAAGGCACGAGUAAAGGUAUGGUCUUAUGCAGAAUUUUGAAAGGUCUUUGUUCAAUUGUGUUGCUUUUUUGUACACCGAUCGUGGUUUCUGUUUGUACAUUAACGUCAACGUAGUUCUCUGCAUUGACUCCAAGUAUAUAUCGUUAUAUUUUACGGUGGAAUAAUGUUAACCAAUAAAGGCGCUCAAGACCAUAACGAUUAUAAUAUUCCAUGCACUUGGUUAUGACUGAAAAUUUUAAAUUUUUGAUACGUUUCUCAAACGGCAAACAAACUAAAAAGUAUGUUUAAUGCUUUAUCUGUAAAGUAAUGCUAAAAUGAAGAGAUUUUAGAUGAUAUUUCCCCAAGAGAAAAAGAUGUCUGAAGUUCGGUACGUUUAUAUUGCUGUUAUAAACAUGGCGUCAAUUUUAAAGCAUCUUGAUAAGUGUACUUUAAUUUACAAUUUUUGCAAUUAUUUGUUUCUCCUCAACUGGCAGAUGCAUUUAAAAUGGGUGCUAACUGUGAGUGUGUAAACUAGAAAAUAAAGUUAAAACAAAGUAUUUUAGAGAGGUACGCCAAAACGUUUUGCAUGAACGCUUUUCAAUGCAAAUACACAACAUAGAAAAAAAUUGCCUAUGUUUCUUUUAUUUUCUCUUCUUAUCUCUACCCAGAAAGAUGAACCUGACUCAGAGGUUAUUAAAGAACUCGCUUUAUUCUAUGGCGUAUCACCCUCCACCAUGACGUCUCUUGUUAAGGAGGUAACUGACAACUUCGUUUCUUAUAUAUUUUAACGUUUACCUGUUUUUAAACGUUUACCCAUAGUCAAGGUACCGGUCGUUAUUUAUGGGGGGGGGUGGAGGAGGGGGCACCGAAGAGAAAAAGGAACGACAUUUUGAAUAAAUGAAUGAAAGAUUGUGUAAUUGAAAGACAAAACAACUCAAGGGUAGGGUAAUAAAAAUUGGAGACUAGAAAGCAAUCAUGUCAACAGUCACAUGUCAAUACAAUAUGGAAAUCAAUUAAUCAAUCAAAAUGGUGUUUCCAAAGAAAGUGCAUGUGCAGACGGCAUGAAACAUUACACUGGUAAAGGUCAUUUGUGACAACUGAAUUAACGGUAUCCUUUUGAAAAGCUUUUGUUGGCCAGGAGUGGGUAUUUACUUUUUAAUUGAUAUCCGAGGUUGACUUUUUAAUGAUUGGAUCAGCACAAUUAUUACCAAGAAAACAAUUUUCUUCGAUGCCCCCCCCCCCCAUAAAUAAUGACCGGUCCCUGAGAAGGGUAUCACACAAACACUGAAAAUUGAAAAUUGAAAGUAAAUUACUGCAUUUUCCUUAUAAUUUUUUCACUUUAGUAAUAGUUUGUGUAAUUGGAAAGAAUGCAUGGAGGUCACCGUGAUUUUUCCAAAUACAUACAUGAGGCAAUAGACUAUUUUAAAGUCAAUUUGAUGCGUCGUGUUGCCGUAUCGCAACUGACAAGAGGUUAAAAAAUUCUUCUAAACGCCGUACGAGGUCCUACGGUCGAGGUUCUACAACUAACUUGAUGUACGUUUCAUCGAUGUUAACGCACCAUUUUCUAUAACCUAGUUUUACCCAUGUUCUCUGUUGCAUUUAUUUCCUGUAAGAAAUAAAAAUGUUUCGCGAGCGCGCCUACAAGUAGCAAAUUCCUGUCAACUCAGAUACUAACGGUCUAAACAACGUAUUGUAAUACGAAUGUGUGACGAUUUGCUGAAAAGCAUGGAUAACGGAGAAUUAAAUUGUGUAGUUUUCCUUGACGUUAGAAAAGCCUUUGAUUCCAUAAAUCACGAGAUACUGUUAGACAAAAUGCAUAAUUUCUUCGGAAUAACGGGAACUCAAUUAAAAUGGUUUGAAUCAUAUUUGAAUAAUAGAGUACAGCAAUGUUUGGUUAAUGGACAACUUUCGAGUCCGAAAACGAUUACAUGUGGAGUUCCCCAGGGGUUUAUCAUGGGUCCUUUAUUAUUUUUAUUAUCUAUAAAUGACAUGCCUGAUCCAUCAAGCUACUCAGUUUCAUCCCUCUAUGCUGAUGAUACAAAAAUCUAUGCUUCCUCUAACAACUGUGAUGGCCCUGUAGACACACUUUAAUAAAUCUAAACAUAUGUUCAUCCAAUUGGGUCAUCCUAUAACCUUAAGAAUAAAAUAACUAGGAAACCUAUUCUAAGUAAUAAUCAACCUAUUCCCAGGACAGAUAGUUACUCGUACCUAGGCGUAAAUAUGGACGAAACAUAUUGAUAAUAUAUGUUCAAAGGUGCUGGUAUUGGUGCAAUGAGACAAAUUAAGCCAUUUGUCCCACUACCGACACUAAAAAUGUUGUAUAAUGCCAUCGUGCAGCCUUACUUUGAGUAUUGCUGUCAGUUAUGGAAUAAUUGCGGUAUUGGAACCAAAAACAGGCUGCAAAAAUAUCAAAAUCGGGCUGCAAGUGUAAUUACUGGGGCAAACUAUGAUGUUCGAUCGGCUGAUUUACUUAAAAACUUAAGGUGGGAACCCUUAGAAGUAAGACGCAACUACUUGAAAGCUAUUUUCGUGUAUAAAAUAAUUAAUGGCCACACCGCACCUAAUCUAAAAGAAUCGUUUCGAUCAAACAACGAAAUAGAUAAUUCUUACAAUCUCAGAAAUAGAGAAACUGACUUAGCACUUCCAAUGCCAAAGAAAGAAUUCGGCAAAAGGUGCUUUAACUAUAAUGGGGCCUCACUGUGGAACAAUCUUCCCCAGGAGGCAACAAAUUCAGAAUCGUUAAGCUCUUUCAAAACAAUUUUGAAUCAGAGAAUUUGUUGAAUUUGGCUCAUCAAAAUAUAUUAACCUCUAAGUAGUACAACUGUGCUAUUAUUCACUUGUUGCUAAUGUGUUUUAUCAUGUAAAUAGUUCUAAAUCACGCCCUUCAUGAAAAUCAGUUUGUAAUGUUGUUGAGGCUAGCGUGAAUAAAUAAAUUUUGUAUGUAUGUAUGCGUUAAGUGUGCGUUCCGUACGUUUCCUUGGUUACUGCAUGGGCGUACACCAAACAUUUUUCGGCAUACAAUCGUACGUCCGUACUCCUAUUUUAAAGCCUGUUUUCCACUUCAACCGCUAUCGUAACGUACCGUAGCAUAUCAUUUUGUGUCGAAGUCAUUUAGUUCCACACUACCGCUCAGGAAACAAAGAAAUACGCUACUUUCGGUACGAUACGAUUGAAGUGGAAAACUAGCUUUAAUCUCUUGUGAAACAUAAAAUCUUAAGUUUUAUAUUUCCUUGAUUUUUUUAAAACUGUAGCGACCACCGUUUUAUAUAUUUAAUAAUACAGUGCAGAAUUAUAUUGUGCUAACAGGGUAUUCCUAUUUUUCCCCAAAAAAUUAGUAUCAAUUUGACGAUUUAACGGCUACUUAUUUUCUGCUGUGUAAGAAGAAAAGUCAUGGGGAACCUCUAAAGUUUACGAACAGUUGUAUCAAGUAAGUAAAUCAGUCUUUGGUGGUUUUAUUGUGAACUUGUGUUUUCGAUAAGUUGCUCAUACCAUUUCGCAGAACGUGUAACAGUUUAUUGCAUGAACAUAGUUUAAUUUAUUUCCACUCUUUUCUAUGAAACCAGAGCGCAGCGGAGGAAGAGGAAAGACAUGUUAGCACUCGAGGUGUGUGUUUGUUACUUAGCUACAUUUGAAUUUUAAAGAGACACCUUUCAGACAAAUAUAAAUAUGUCCAUGCAGUGGCGGAAAUUCACUUUUUCCGGUGGGGAGGAGGGCAAAGCCUCCUAAAUUUCCGACAAAACUUUCAAAUUUCCGACAACCCCCCCCCCAUUUGCACUCGAAAAGGCUGUUUUUAAUCCUCUUUUAAGUCAAAAUUUACGAAAAUUCGUCAUUUUCGCGAUUUCCACCACUGUGUCCAUGAAUAGAGAUAUGUCUACCCAUACUUCCAGUAAGCAAUAUCCUGCAUAGGAAACAGUCAGUCGGUUGGAGGAAAGGCAAAAUAAGCACACACAGUACUGCAGUGCAUUGCCCUUGAGCAUGUACGCAUACUAUUCUAGACAUACUAUUUGAAUACAUAUCAAGGCUUAUGAUUCCGAACAAAGGAACAGAUAACAAACUAAAAGACUAACAAACUCAAGCAGCGAAUAUGAAGUGAUGGACUUUAGUCAUCGCAGAGUAUAUUUUUUUAUUUUCAUGCAACAGGUUGAGAAAAAGAAUGCGUGUCAUUUUUAAGUAUCUUGCUAUUGCUUCAAUAUUUACGUUGCUGCAAUGCUUAUUGUAUUUGCAUUCAUAGGCAAAUAAAUGUUGCGUUAUACGAUUACGAUUAGCAUUUCUAUAACGCAAAGUUAUAUAUGGAUAUGAUCAAAUGCGCUUUACAUCAAGUAUUAUACGGAGUACCUAAAUUACAUUAUUACAUACUUAGCAUAGGCUAUUUUGUCUUUACAACAAUUUACAACCUUACAUUCCAUUGCGAGUUAUAUGGGUGUCUGUAUUUCAGACACUCUUAUAUUGGAUUUGAGUGCCCACCCUAACAACGUUCCCUGUGGGCGGAAACCGGAGCACUCGGAGAAAACCCACGACUUUCAGCAGAGCGUUAUUCGCUAUUCACUCCAUGCAGUCCGUAGCGAGAAUCGAAUCUGCGAACUCAGAAGUGAAAUGCACUUGACAAAAGCACAUAAGUCUACGACUACGCGCCACCGCAUUCCUUACCCUUAUGUUUUAUUUGUAACUUGUUAAAUAAUUAUGUUGUGUAUUUUUAUAGAAAAAGAUAAGUGAAUCAAGGGAAAACAUAGAGAACGAAAUAUACCAUGACAAUCCACCUUCGAUCUUAGUUGAUGACGAAGACGACGUUUUCUCAGCUGAUCUUCGCGACUUCAGAAAACCAAGAGCAUGUACUCUUCCCCCUGAAUUUAUGGGAACUCCUCCAAUUAAUGAAAUGCCAAGUGCUACACGUACGUCACCUCCUAGAACUUUCCUGACUCCUUCCCUUCCAAAGAAAGGUCAGUACUUUUAGUUUUAUAUGUGCAAUAGUUAAAAGUAUAAUGUCCUAAUAUUUGGUAACAGUUUCGCUAUCCUGUGUUUUAUAUAUUUGUCUACGAUCGAGCUUUUGUAUCGGUUGAAUUGUCCAUUAAGUCUAUUUAAUUAAAAACUUCCUCUCUAUUUUAUUAACAGAACAACCAGUACCAUCAUCGGCAUCAAAUUACGAGAUUGGAAUGGGAAAACCUUUAUCACCCGAGACUAAAUUGUAA